AUGGCUUCCCACGCACCAAACUUGGAGUGCCGCAUGUACGAGGCCAGGUACCCAGAGGUGGACAUGGCGGUGAUGAUCCAGGUCAAGAACAUCGCCGACAUGGGCGCCUACGUCUCGCUCCUCGAGUACAACAACAUCGAGGGCAUGAUUCUCUUCUCGGAGCUCUCCCGCCGUCGGAUUCGAAGUGUCAGCAGCCUCAUCAAGGUGGGCCGAAUCGAGCCCGUCAUGGUCCUCAGGGUCGACAAGGAGAAGGGCUACAUUGAUUUGAGUAAGAGGAGGGUUUCCGAGGAGGAUAUCCAGGCCUGUGAGGAGAGGUACAACAAGAGCAAGCUCGUCCACUCCAUCAUGCGUCAUGUGGCCGAGACUUUGGGCAUCGAUUUGGAGGAGCUGUAUGUCCAUAUUGCCUGGCCGUUAUACCGGAAAUAUGGUCAUGCUUUUGAGGCUUUCAAAAUAAUUGUGACCGAUCCUGAUUCAGUUCUUAGUGCCCUCACACGUGAGGUCAAAGAGACUGGCCCUGAUGGACAAGAGGUCACUAAGGUGGUUCCUGCUGUGUCGGAGGAAGUGAAAGAAUCUUUGGUGAAGAAUAUUAGGAGAAGAAUGACCCCACAACCAUUGAAGAUCCGAGCUGAUAUUGAAAUGAAGUGCUUCCAAUUUGAUGGUGUUCUUCACAUUAAGGAUGCCAUGCGAAAAGCAGAAGCUGCAGGCAAUAAUGACUGUCCUGUGAAAAUUAAAUUGGUUGCUCCUCCGCUUUAUGUUCUUACCACACAGACUCUUAAUAAGGAGCAAGGGAUAUCAGUUCUAAGCAAUGCAAUUGAAGCUUGCACGCAAGAGAUAGAACAUCACAAAGGGAAAUUAGCAGUGAAGGAGGCACCCAGAGUGGUGAGUGAACGGGAUGACAAACUUCUUGCUGAACACAUGAGUAAGCUCCGCCAGGACAAUGAGGAGGUCAGUGGUGAUGAGGGUAGUGAGGAAGAGGAAGACACAGGAAUGGGAGAAGUUAACGUGGAAGGUGCGGGCCCCGGCAUUGUAGAUUGA